UUGUCAUAAGUGCUGAUUUCAUAAGCUGCAAGCUCAGUUCUCUCUAUGACAUCAUAAGGGUAUGGGAACUUGUGGCCACAGCUGCUCAUUCAACAACAGAGGAAGGUGCCUAUACAUUUGCUUCUUGAUAAAAUUUAGUAUCUGGGCAGGACUGCACACAUCAUGUCUAAUAAAGAAGAUUGUUAUUUCUUCUUUUACUCUGGCUGCUCAAAGGGCGAUAGCUGUCACUUCAGACACUGUGAGGCCGCCCUGGGCAGUGAAGUUGUCUGCAGUUUGUGGCUGCAAGGAAAAUGUAACAAUCAAGACUGCAAGUUGCGUCAUACAAAGAUUCAUAAGAAGCGAAGUGAGAUACAAUGUUAUUGGGAAAACCAGAUAUGUGGAUGCAAUAAAUACAACUGUGCCUUCUACCAUAAGAUAGGACGAUUGCUAAAAGGAGUCUUCUUGCCCCCAAGCAACUUUACCAAAUGUGGCAUGAAAACCCCAGUGGAGGGAACUGGAGAUAUUGAAAUGGAAGUUGUUAUCCCAUCUGUGGAGGGAACUGGAGAUAUUGAGAUGGAAGAUGUUAUCCCAUCUGCUGACUCUGAAAAGGCUCUGUAUAUGAGGAAGAGUGUGUUUGAAAGACUAGGGAAGAGGGCUGAUCCUCGCACAAGAGACUCAGUGCGAUUGCCUAAUAGCAGCCACCCUACAACACAAACAAAAGUCAGCAAUAACUUUGAAGCUAGAUCCUCAAAGUACCUUAGGUUAUCUGGGUAA